CUUGUAGUACAGAUGAUAGGACAUGCUGAUCUCAGCAGUUUCUGUGAAAUGAGUCACACAACUUUUCUUCUCUAACUCCUCUCCCAGCAGCUUAUAUCCUCUGCAACUGUUCUGGCUGAAAACCAUCAUUAAUGAUGACGCUCAAACGGCAUCUGCUGCUUAUUUCCAACUCAACACUUCAUGGCGGGGGAUAUCUGGAACACUGCCAAGAACAUAUACAAGAGUUUUUAGGGGUACAAGUGAAACGUGUCCUGUUUGUGCCUUAUGCGCUUCAUGACAGAGAUGGCUAUGCCAGGACUGCCAGGAAGAAAUUUGAGAGUCUGGGUUAUGGCCUAGACAGCAUACAUGAGGCAGUGGAUCCUGUAGAGGCGGUUCAGAAAUCAGAAGCCAUAUUUAUUGGUGGUGGGAACACUUUCCGACUUCUGAAAGCCUUGUAUGAUAAUGCCUUGAUACCAGCUAUCAGGAAAAGAGUAUUUGAGGAUGGGAUCCCUUAUAUUGGUUCCAGUGCUGGUACUAAUGUGGCUACUGUUAGCAUCAACACAACUAAUGAUAUGCCAAUUGUGUACCCACCAUCUCUACUGGCUCUUGGAUUAGUUACAUUCAACAUAAACCCUCAUUACCUGGAUGCAGAUGUCAACAGCAGGCACAUGGGGGAGACACGAGAGCAACGGAUAUCUCAGUACCACGAAGAACCAGACACUCCUCCUGUUCUUGGUCUUCGGGAGGGUUGUAUGCUUUUAGUCGAAGGGAAUAAAGCAACACUUCUUGGCAAAACCAAAGCCCGACUCUUUUUAAGAGACAAAGACCCUACAGAACAUGAGCCAGGACAAGACUUCAGCUUCCUCUUGGAUCAGUGAUGAUAAAAAGAUAUAGUAAAACAAACAUUUUGCGCAGUCUUGUGUGUUUUUAAUAAACUACAGGUUAAAACUGAUAAUACAAUUAUAUAAAACAUUA